CGGCGGCGUGCGCAAGCGCUUAUUUAUAGCGCAGUCCAGCAGACAGGAAGCGGAGGACAAAGCCGGGAAAGGCGGAGCUCCCGGACCGGCCGGGCCGCGCUGCGUCAGAACGGAUUGACGAGCAUGUUGAACGGUCGCGUCCGAAAUGCCGGCGACUCACCUUGGCGGAGGCGUCGCCUUUGCUCUUUCUUUGGCCUUUUCCUUGCUGUGGACGCUACAGGCGGCAACAGAAGAAGCGUCCCGAGGUUGCCGCGUGUCGUGGAGCGAGGCCGCGUCGGGUUGGGAUUGGGCUCGGCUCACGCUCAGCGCGGCGGGACGCAACUGUACCUUCGCCGUAGAGGGCGCCCCGUGCGUGACGGAAGAGGAAGCAGACUUCGCGUCGGGGACCCGAAACGGAGUCUUCGCCUGCGAGUUACGUCACUUGCAACCGGGAAGCGCCUACGUCUUGCGCGUUCGCUCCGGCGACGGCCGAGAAGUGACCGACGCCACCGUGCGCACCAGUCCGUCCGCGGUGCGGGACCUGCGCGUGACCUCCAGGCUGAGUGACAGCCUGGGACUUUCCUGGCAAGCAGGCCCGGGCGGUACUCACCGUUUCAGGCUGUUGGUGCGGGGAGAAGACGAGCGCCCGCUGCUGAACGAGACGUUGGAGAGCACCGCUACCGGGAGCACCGUCCGCAACUUGACGCCGGGCACGGCCUACAAUGUUACCGUGGCGACGGAGGCGGGCGGACUGUACAACGACACCACCGUCCGCACUCGGACGGGGCCGGCCGCCGUCACCGACCUGACCGCCGUCGCCGACCGCGCGAGCGCAAACGGCACCGGCCUGCGGCUGUCGUGGCGACGGCCGGAGGGCGCCGCGGACGCCCUGCUGGUCUCGCUGCGGUCCGACGCGGACCCCGGCCCGCGGCGGACCCGUCUGCUCCCCGACGCCGUCGAGGUCACCGUGGACGGGCUGACGCCCGGCGCGGCUUAUCGGGCGACGGUGAGCACCCGGAGCGGCGAGCUGCUCAACGGAUCCGAGAUCGACACCCGCGCAGCUCCCGCGCCGGCGUCUCUCCUGGCUCUGACGCCCACCCCUCCGGGGGGUCUGUUCCUGUCGUGGUCACCCCCCGCCGGUCACUGGGACGGCUAUCGACUGGUUCUUCGCGACGGCUCCCGGGAGGUCGUCGCCGCCGUCCCCGGCGAGGACGCCGUCAACUUCACCUUCGGCGGGGAGGGACUACUCCCCGGACGGCGGUACCGAGCGACGCUCGCGGUGCAAAGCGGAAAUCUGACGGCGGAAAGCAGCUGCGAGGCGGCCACACUGCCGGCGCGCGUGCGCGACCUCCACGUUCGCCACGCUGACGAGACGUCACUGAGCGUCAUGUGGAGCCACGUCUCCUCCGGUUCCCGGGACGCUUACUUCCUGACUCUUCGCCACGGUGACGUCGUCGCGAACGCCAGGGAAGUGGAGCCUCAUACGAGGGAGUGCACCUUCAACGUCCUCACGCCCGGGAGGAUUUACAACAUCACCGUGACCACCAGGAACGGGAAUCUCAGCGCGUCGGUCUCCGUGGAAGGGCGGACAGUUCCCUUGGCGCUGAGCGCCAUCACGCUGCGCGGCGUCGGCGUGAACGGCCUCGAGGCGGCGUGGGAAAAACCUCGCGGUGACCUCGACUCCUACGCGCUCACGCUACUCAAGGACAGCGUCGUCGUUCAGAAUCACAGCGUUCCCGUCGGCCGCGCCUCUUUGGCGCUUUCCGAUCUGACCCCCGGCGCCCUCUACACACUGGAGGCCGUCACCGUGAGCGGCGGCGUACGGUCCAAAGUCACCGGUCUUCAAGGAAGAACCGCCCCGGCGUCCGUUACCGAGGUAGCGGCGGUGAACGGCGGUCGUCCCGACACGCUGCGCGUAUCCUGGCGCCCCGCGGACGGCGUCGCGGACAGUUACCUGGUCCGCCUGGAGGACGGAGGAGGCUCCGCGGUCCACGCGGUGGCCGUUUCUGCCGCGUCCUCGCCCGAGUGCUCCUUCGGCUCGCUGGCGGCGGGACGGAUGUACGCCGUCGUCGUAACGACCAGAAGCGGCACCCUGGAGAACGCCACCCGGGUGCACGCGCGCACGCAACCCGCCCCGGUGCAGAACCCCACCGCCGUGCACUCCGCCCGGGACGACUUCCUCAAGGUGUACUGGCGCCAGGCGUCGGGCGACGUGAGCGCCUACGUGGUGGCCCUGCGGUACAACGGCAGCGUGGUGCGCCGGCAACGCGUCGUGGCCGGGCGCAGCCAGUGUGACUUUGCCGCGCUGACGCCCGGCAGGCUUUACGCCAUUACCGUGGAAACGUGGAGCGGCGACCUCGUCAGCGCCGCCGCCACCGAGGGACGCACGUUUCCGUCCGCGGUUGCCAAUCUGUCCAUUGGUGACGCGGGAUCGGAUGACCUUACCGUCACCUGGAGCCCCGCGCCCGGAGACGUGGACCGCUACGAGGUGACCCUGUUGUUCAACGACACGCGCGCAUUCCCUCCGGUGACCUUGGGGAGUGAUGCGCGACGACACCGAUUCACGUCGCUGACGGCGGGACGCCUUUAUAAAAUAGUCGUGUCCACGUUCAGCGGACCAAACCAGAGGGCGCUCUUCGUGGAAGGCCGCACAGUUCCCGCCACAGUCACCGACCUCCGACUGACGCCGCGGCGCCCCCCGAAAGACGAUGGCGGCGGCCUGGCCGUCACGUGGACGCCGGCGGUCGGAGACGUGGACGUUUACAUCGUCUCUCUGACCGCUACGGGCGGCGUCGCGGCGGACCCUCGACCGGUCCCCAAACACGUCUCGUCUCUGGACUUCCCGGAUUUGAUCCCGGGGCACGCCUACACUGUCACCGUCCAAUCGCGAAGCGGGGAGCUGACCAAUAGUGUCGCGGCGGCCGGCCGCACAGUGCCUGACGGCGUGAGCGCGCUGCAGGCGGACAAGGAGCACACCGCGCACGGGCUGACGGUCACGUGGGAGCGGCCGGCGGGCCAAUACGACGCCUUCGAGCUGCUUCUGAGCGACUCCGCGGGCGUCCCGGUGGCCAACCGCACGUUGCCGCCGCAGAGUCGCGCCCACCGCCUGGAGGGUCUGACGCCUGGCAAGUGGUACCGCGUCAAGAUGAUCACGCUGAGCGCGGGGUCGGCCUCCGCCGAGGUGGCGGCCGAAGGACAAACUCGUCCCUCCGCCGUUUCCAACUUAACGGUGACGUUUGCCAACGCGUCGUCUCUGGGUUUCUCCUGGGACCGCUCCGACGGCCACGUCGACGUCUACGAGGUGUCGCUCUUCGCUUUGGCCGAGCGAGCGCGCGACGCCGGAGAGCGCCGAACGGGCGGCGGGAACGAGCACCGGCAGGCGUCGGGCGACCUGGUGGGUGUGCAGAAAGUGUCGCCGGCCGUGGGCUCGUGCUCGUUUACGGGCCUGCGAGCGGGAAAUCUGCACCGACUGCGCGUCGUCAGCUGGAGUCGACUUUUGAACAGCGACUCGUCCGUACUCGCCAGGACGGAACCCUCUCCCGUCAGGGGGCUGGAGCUGGACAGCGGCGGGCGCACGGACAGGCUGACCGUGCGCUGGCGGCACGGAGACGGGCGGCGCAGCGGGUACCAGGUGAUCCUGUCCGACGCCUCGGGCGCCGUGCUGGGAGAUGAGCCGCUGGGGCCGGAGCGUAGCAGUUGCGCCUUCGCGGGGCUGGCGCCCGGCAGGCUGUACCGCGCCGACGUCAUCGCCCGCAGCGGCGAGUUGAGCGGCAACGCGUCGACCGUCGGACGCACGGUCCCGGCCCCGCCCGGCCGUCUUUGGAUCGAGCCGGGCCCGGCCGACGACACGCUGGAGCUUCGGUGGACCGGCCCCGCGUCCGGAGACCACGACGGUUUCGCCGUGGCGUGGACGCCGCCCGACCCCUUGUCCGUCACGCUCCGACACCCCACCGUUCGCCUGGUGGGCGGCGUCUUUCCGGGGAGACGUUACAACUUUACCGUGGCGACCGUCAGCGGGGGCGGGGCGCCGGGCGGGCCCCUCCUCACCAGCCGGCCCGUCCAAAGAGGCUUCACGACAAGUGCGCGUCCGUCCCCCUUGCGGUCCCUCCACUGUGUCCCCGCGUCAUCGUCGUCCAUAUCGUGCCGGUGGUCUCCCCCCGCGUCCGAUCUGGAUUCUUACGAGGUGGAGUGUCGUCGCCACGACCGCGACGAGCUGACGUCGGCGCUGCGGCUGGAGGGCGGAGUCACGUCCGUCACCUUGGACCGACUGGACGCUUUCAGGAAGUACGCCGUGACCGUCAGGGCGGCGUCGCACGGACGCGCCGGUACUCCGACCACGCGCACGGCCGUCACCAUGAUCGACCGUCCGCCGGCCCCGCCCCCUAGCGUUCGGGUGAGCGCGCUCGCGGCGAAGGUGACGUCGUCCUCCGUCUCGUUUCGCUUCAAUUGCUCCUGGUUCAGCGACGUCAACGGCGUCGUCCGAUACUUCGCCGUCAUCGUGGCCCAGUCCGACGCCAAUGAUGCGCUGCUGCCCGAGCGGCGCCACCCGCUGCCGUCCUACCGACAUUACAUCAACAACGCCUCGGUCAGGGCCUACCAGAGCGCUUACUUCAUCAACAGGUGCCCGCAAGAUGCCCAGGCGGCAGCCGGCCAGGUGAUGGAGGUCCACUUGGGAGCGGGCGGCGACCGACUGGGCGGAGCCUGCGACCGUUCCCGCGACGACUCCUACUUGAGCGACGGCUACCCAGACUUUUGCGACGGGCCGCUUAAGGAGAGAACAUCUUACAGAUUGAGCGUGCGGGCGUUCACGCGACUCUUUGACGAAAACGACAAAGAGUUUCCCGAGCCGCUGUUUAGCGACACGUACCUUUCGGCCCCCCUGAGGACACGCGCGGAGCCGCUAGGUGGCGUAGCGGAGGGCCUGAGUGCCAGCGUGUUCCUGUUGGGCGUGACGGUGGCCGUCGCCUCUCUGCUUCUUUACAGAUACCGACUCAGGAAAGUAAGGGCGCUUCAGGAGAACCCGCUGAUGAGGGAGAACGUGUGGAAGGAGGCGCCCGACGCCGGGAUGUACGUGGGGGUCAGGAGCGUUCGCCACGUCACCAGGUGGGCGACGUCGCAACUACUUUUGCUCACGCGGAUCGCUCAAACUCGUGUGUCUAUGUGCGGCGUACGCAGUCCAGUGAAAGCCAGUCACUUUGAGUCCCACGUGUCAAAGCUCCGGGAGGACGCCGGCGUUCUGAUGUCCGAAGAGUUCGAGGACUUGAAGGACGUGGGGCGAAGUCAGACCGUGGAGGUGUCGCGAGCGCCGGAGAACCGCGGCAAGAACCGUUACAACAACAUCCUACCCUACGAUUCCACGCGAGUCAAGCUGUCGUGUCCGGACGACGACUCCUGCUCCGACUACAUCAACGCCAGCUACGUUCCUGGUUGCAACUCCCGUCGCGAGUACGUGGCGACGCAGGGCCCGCUGCCCGCCACUAAGGACGACUUCUGGAGGAUGCUGUGGGAACACGGCGUGCGCGCCGUCGUCAUGGUGACUCAGUGCGUGGAAAAAGGACGGGUGAAGUGCGACCGGUACUGGCCCGCCCACCGGGAGACGCUGUUUUACGGCCGGCUGGCGGUCCGGACGACGUCCGAGUCGGUCUUUCCCGAGUGGACCGUCCGCGACUUCCGGAUCUCCUCGGAGAGCGGCGCCGCUCGCGCGGUGCGACACUUCCACUUCACCGCGUGGCCCGACCACGGCGUCCCCGACGGCACGCGCUCGCUCGUGCGGUUCGUCAGGACCGUCCGAGACUUCGCAGACCGCUCGGCCGGCGCCGGUCCCGCCGUGGUGCAUUGCAGCGCGGGCGUGGGCCGUACCGGCACCUUCAUUGCGCUAGACCGCCUCCUGCAGCAGCUGGACGCCAAAGGCGGCGUGGACGUGUACGGUUGCGUCUUCGACCUUCGCCUCCACCGCCAGCACAUGGUUCAGACAGAGAGUCAGUACGCCUUUCUGCACCAGUGCGUACGCGACGUUUUGAGAGCGCGCAAACAUCAGAGCGACGACGCCGUCUACGAGAACCUGGACCCGGACUUGUGCCGCGAGCCGUUCCGCUCGGGCCGCUGACGGACGGGACAGGACGGUGGGAAACGACAAAGACCUUUCUUUUUAUAUUCGAGCUCACUUUGAUAUUUUAAGGUAUUACCAGAUGUAAAUAUAUAAUCCAGUAUAUUUUGACUGACAGCAUUUAGAAGGUAUAUGCAUAUGAAUGUUAGAUCCACAAAAUGAAGCAAAACCGAUGGUUGUUAUUGCACUUGUCAAAUACAUUUAUGAUGCUCACACGGCGUCAGUCACUCCAGAAGUUAUUUCAUAUCUCACUCUUUUCAAGCAGUGAACAAAGUGGUGUUUUCUUUUUGAUGACGAGUCCUCAUCGACCUUCCGAUCGGUGUCGAAACGAUGACUCCAAGUCUUGCUUUUGGCGUGGCUUCGCAUGAAUUUUCACUUUACCGAAAUUUGAUCAUUGAGGAAGGCCCGGGCCACUCGAGCGCUUCUCUCGGGCCGCGCGGCUUUCCGCCCGGGCAAAGUCACCGACAUCAUCUUUGGUGACCGCGUCGACCGUAAAAGAGGACUCUGCGAGCGAACGGGCUUUUCAUGAAUUUCAGAGUAUUUAUUUGUCCCUACGAAAAGACGAGCCGUCGGACCGCCGGGAGGCCAUCUGCGCGCCAACCGGAUGGGGGCGCCCUCCUGUGGACAAUGACAGGAAUUUGGGCCGCGGGUUGACGCCACUCGACCCGGAAAACGAAGGGGGACAAAAUCCUUCCCUUUUGAGCAGCAGAAUGACUCCGCUCGGCUAAUAGUUACUAUACCGUUUUGAGGUGAACGGCAACCGUUCGACAUUUACGUCGCACUAGUGUGCCAAUGAAAGGUCAACGCGUGCACAGUUUAGUCUCACGAGUAGCGUGCGGUUUGUCUUCUACUAGUGCCCCUUUUGGCCUUACUUUUGAAGCCGAAUGAGCUUCACCGAUUCCGGUAAAAGCCGCAGCCUGCGGACGCUUUGAAACCAAAAGUGGCUCCAGUCGUGGAUAAAGAUGACUGCGGACCGACGCACUUUUAGGUCGGGUGACCGUGGGCGCGUCUCGACCGGGACAAACGAAAAGAGGCGAAGCUCAUGGGCGACGAGAGCAGGCUCGGAGGCGGGGGGGAGCCGUCGUGGAGCGGCGCGUGCCGACCACGCGGCGGCACGGUCGUAAGUGGCUACCCUUAGUGCUAACGGUGUUGCUUUUGCACCUCGUCCGAACCCGUAGCUCAACGCACGCGUCGGAUCUGUGUUCAAUGUACCUCGAGCUACCGCGAGCCUUUCUUACGGCGAACCGGGCGGGCCGGUCGGGUUUCACGUUGUUCGUGCUCCAAUUGUUGUUGGGCCCUUCAAUCUGCGCUCACUGCGAAAGAAUAACAACAACUGGCCGGUGGGGCGAGAGGUCACCAGGGCGAAAGAGCAACAACCCGAUCGUCUUCUUCAGAUGCACUUGAGAAGAGAGAAUGAAUGAACCAAUAAAGGAUGUUCAAAGAUUGGUAUCGUUAUUUUUUUGUUUGAAAACAAAAAAGGUGUGUGUGGGACUUACCGCGUCAAUUUUUCUUCACCGCUACUUUCCAAGAUGGUCAAUAUUGCCUUGAUGGCGCAAAGUACAUUGUAGUUCCAACGGUCCUGCCUAUUCUCCCCAAUCUGUCAUUUGAUAAAAACACACUCCUGUAGUACACAACAGACUUCCAGUAAGUCAACCACUCUAGUAGUAGAGUAAAGACUCUACCGCGUGACUUAGCAACUGCAGGGCCGGCCCUAAGCAAAAUAAUGCCAAGGCGCCCAUAUUUUUGGCCAACCAUUUCGUCACAGUGUACUGUGAAACCCAUACAUGCAAUCCAAUCCCUUCGUCCAUAUUAAUCAUAUUUUGUUGCACUGCAUACUUCCAACUUCUCACCCCAAAUGACAUGUAAUGACAAGAAAAUGGAUGUUUGCAUGGAUAAACGGCAAUGCGCUCCACAUUAUUCAAGAUGCUCUAUUAACAACGUAUAAAAUGAGGUUCCCAGAUUGGGGGCCCCCUAGUGGUCAGGGGCCCUAAGCAGCUACAUAGUCUGUGUAUAGGCUGGGCCGGCCUUGGUACCCAGUGUGUACUGCGGUGUAGAGUCGGACUCUUCAAAUUGGACGAAAUGGCAAGUGUACUAAAGGUGUUAUUGUCUCCGCCUGGUGGACGCUGGAGGAAAUGCACGGAGAUCGGCGAGCAGAGUUGGCAGUGAUUUUAUUCAACCGAUCAUCAAGAUUUGAACAAACACGCUCUCGCACGGACACACACACGCACACUCGCACUCAACGAGUUUUGGCUUUUUCACAAGCAUUUGGCAGCUUUUUAGUUCUCGGAGUCAACGAUUAAAGGGACAAGGACCGGACCGGACCGGACCGGACCGGGGGAGAUUCCAAACAUGCGUGUCGCGUCUCACACGGAGCAAGGAGAACAUGCACACCAGUCCGACGUCAAUUCUGAAAAGGAAGGGCUGACUUUUUCUUGCUGUCUCAGCAAGUGGCGUGGUCCCAAAUCAAAACAACUUCCUUUGACUCGGGUUAUUUGACUGUCCCUCCUUGCAGCAGCACAUUUUAUGAUGACUGGACGCAUCCCGUACUCCAU